AUGGCGGAAAAAAAUGGCCUCGAGGGCCACGACGAGACGAGCGCCUUCAGCCCCGUGACGCGCGCCGAAACGCCCAUCACCCUCACGCCCUACGAGGAGUCGACGAAAGUGUCCAUCUCCCCCUCCCCCUCCCUGUCGCCGCCGCCGUCGACCCUCCCCCGGGUCACGUCGCGGGACGCCCUCGAGUCGGCCCUCGACUCGCGGGCCGACCGCCUCCUCGCCCUGGCGACGCGGGGCCUCGACCUCGAGCCGCCCGCGACGCCGGCGCCGGCCGCGAGCGCCGCGCGCGUGACGCUCGCGGACUACGACGGCUUCGCCGUCGGCCGCGACGUCGAC